GACUUGGUCUGAUUAUCCAACAAAAUUUUUUUCAGGCGACGAGCACUUUGCUCUAAGACUGUCAUUUAAAAAUGGCCGCGCCCAGAGACAGCGAGUUUCAUACUUGGUUGGAAGACAGAUUAUUGAAAAUAAACCCUGACAUAGAUCUCGGAGUUUUUGUGGACUAUAUUCAAGGCGUUUUGGAAACUGAGACAGACAAAGAUGAAAUGAUAGAUGGCAUUUCUGGCUUACUAGGAGAAGUUGUGGAAGAUGACGUAGAAGGUGUUUGUGAGACAAUUAUCAGCAAAUGGUUAGAGCAUAUCCAGCUGAAAGCGACAAAAGCAGAAGAAGAAACCAAGCUUGCUGAUCAAAAGCUUGCAGAUAUGCUGGAAAAACAAAAGAUCUCCAUACCCACUGUGAAACCAAAAACAGAGGAAGAGAAAGCUCGAAAAGCUGCCAUUUUACAGCAAUAUGCAGAAAUUUCUGAUGGAGAAUAUCCUUUUUUGACAAUCCAUUGGUUCUGUUAUUUGGAUUGUGUUAAUUAAAAACUUUUAA